UGGAGCGUGGGAGCAGAGCAGAACCAAGAGGAGAGAAAACGGUAGAGAUCUUUGUCUGUAGAGCAGAUCAGUAGCAUGCAGGUGAAGCAGGAUGGAGUAAUAGGUGCCCAUUUCCAGCUCGCUAUUUAUCACACUGCCGGCCUUGAUAUCGGUAUAAUAUCUCCAGCAGAAGCAACACAGAACGCGCCGCUCUGGACAUGCGAGCGAUUUAGAAAACGUUUGAGACAUGGAGCUGUGGAACGUAACAGAUCUGGAGGGAAAACCAAGCUCGCCUUUGUCUAACUGUACUGUGGAUACAAGCUACCGUUUCACCUUCUAUCAGGUGUCCUACAGCGUCAUCUUCCUGCUGGGACUGGUCACCAACAGCCUGGCUCUGCACAGACUCUACACGUGCUCUUGCACUAUGAACAGCACAGCCGUCUACAUGGCCAGCCUGUCCUUCGCCGACAUGUUCUUUGUGAUCUCUCUACCUAUGAGAAUCUACUACUACCACCAAAAGGCUCGAGCUUGGUCGAAGACUGAGGACCUGACCAGCUGGACUCCUGGAGCAGCUUUCUGCCAGAUCACCUUCAUCCUCAAAUACAUCAGCUUGUACGGCGGGAUCUUCUUCCUCGUGUGCAUUGCAGUGGACCGAUACUUUGCUGUUGUGCACCCUCUGUCGCCGAACCUCCGCAGGCGGCGUGUUGCGCAGAUUGUGAGCGGGGGGAUAUGGUGUGUGGUGCUGGGACUCAGCGUGAGUCUGCCGCUGUUGCGUUUGGCAGCUUCUCACCAAAACCGGCCCUGUCUGCUCGACCCGUCCUCCCUGCGCCACAGAACUUUCAUUCUGAUCUCCCUGAGUUUAGUUUUGGGGUCAUUUCUGCUGCCCACUCUGAUACUCCUCUACAGCUACUCCAGAGUGCUGAGCGUGCUCCGCAGGUCAAGGCAUCGCUGUCGCAGCCAGCGCCGCAAUUGUCGGCAGACCCUUAAAAUUAUUUACUGGGUUUUGGGCGUCUACCUGCUGUGCUUCCUGCCCUAUCAUGUCAAUCUGCUGGGCUAUACCUUGACACACAUGAAGCUGCUGCCACACUGUGGCCUGGCCAAGCUGACCAAGACUGUGCACCCAAUGGUGCUCUCACUGGCCAGCUUUAACUGCUGCCUCAAUCCGCUCAUCUAUUAUUUCUCCAGCAGUCUGGUGCACAGGGAGACUUCGGGAGGUGGAGGAAGUAGCAUUCAAUGCCAAGGAGGAUAACUCCAAGGAUUACAGCCUAUUUGAAACUUUUUAAUGCUAAACACUACUGGUUUUUGGUGAGUAAAGUGAACUCAAAGUUGCCUUGUUUCUGUAUUAGUGAGGUGUCAGAGGAAACAUAAAAGCUUUAGGAAACUGCUUAAAAUAUUUUGUGUCAUCUGUUAAUUCAGGAUGGUCAGAGGAAGUCAACAUUAUUUUUUCUAUAAUGUUAAAGAGCAAGUCUAUGGUUCUUUCAGGCUGUGAAACAGAGAGCGAGAGCAAGACUUACAGCAGAUAUUUUAGCAGUAAAGCUCUGUUGCAUUGUUUUCAGCUGUUAUUAAACUCUCAUUUGUAAAUAUAGGCAGCUUUAAAAAAAAAUACACAGGUGGGUUUAUAAAUGCUGAACAACAAUUACUAGUAAGAAAUACCAGAAAAGAGAUAAUAAUAAGAUAAUUCUUAAAACUAAAUAAAAUAACUACUCUCUGAUUAGUGAAGGACUACAUUUGAGUAAAGCGAUUUAUUACAUAACAGGGUUUCCCCCAGAAAACUUGCUAAGCGCUGUGGUGUGGGAGGUCAUUC